AUGCCUAACAAGGAGUUUUUCCGUAAUAUCGGGACAAUAACAACCUACGCAGUUGUAGGCACUUUAUGGAACACAGCAGCAACGGGCCUAACCCUCUACUCAUUCAAAAAUUAUUUUCAUGGCCACCCAUCACCAAUAGAUUUAUUUUUGUUUGCAACUUUAAUAAGUGCUGUUGACCCUGUAGCGGUAAUUUGUGUAUUUGAGGAAAUUCAUGUUAACCAACUUCUCUAUAUUUGUGUGUUUGGAGAGAGUCUGCUUAAUGAUGCUGUUACUAUUGUUCUUUAUCACACUUUACACGCUAUGGCUGCUGCCGGAGUAGACGCAAUUUUUUGGACAGAUUAUUUACUCGCCAUAAUCGCCUUCUUUUGGGUUUCUGUUGGAGGUAUUUUGGUCGGUGCGUUGUGGGCUGUUUUAACUGGAAUUGUUACAAAAUUUGGUGCAGGCGUUUCUGUUGUCCAACCAUUAACAUGCCUACUUUUCCCUUAUUUGGCUUAUUUAAUAGCAGAAUCUUUUGGGUUAUCAGGAAUUUUGGCAAUUGUUGUUUGUGGAAUGGGAAUGAAGCAAUAUAUUGUUGGAAAUAUUUCUGAACAGUCUUUGGUUACCGUUAAUUAUUUUAUGAAGACACUUUCUUCGAGUUGUGAAGCAGUUAUAUUUGUAUUUCUUGGCCUUUCCGCUGUUUCAAAAAAUCAUGACUUGGAUUUUGCUUUUAUUUUCAUUACACUUUUUGCAAUUUUUGUUUUUCGAUUUAUUAGUGUUGGUGUGCUAACAUCUUUAGUAAAUAAAAAACGUUUACAAAAAAUUGGAAUUGUUGAUCAAUUUAUUAUGGGCUAUGGAGGAAUUAGAGGGGCUGUUUGUUAUGGUUUAGUUAUGUCUUUAAAUCAGGAAUUAAUUUGUUGUAAAAAUAUGUUGGCUUCGACUACUAUUAUUGUUAUUGUUUUUACUGUUUUUGUACAGGGAGGCUCAAUAAAAAAAUUAGUAACAUAUCUCAAAGUUAAACAACACGAGGUUCGUAAAAAGACAGUUUUUGAAAUGAUUGCAGAUAAUGUUUGUAGUCAUAUUGGUGGAGGUGUUGAAAGUAUUGCUGGACUACGUGGAAAUUAUUGGGUUUAUUUUGAGAAUUUUUGA